GCUUGAUUGAUUCACUGGGCCUAAACAUUCAAUGGACAAAGAAGGUCAAGAGACGCUCAAGCUUUUGGAAAACGACCUCCAGAAUGCUGUGCAACAACUUGCCGUAGACAAAGCAGUAUGGGACCCAAACUUUGACUCUAUCAAGUUCAAGGCCAUCAUGGCUGGACUAGGUAAAAUCCUUUCAUCCGAUGCCACGAAAUUGACAUUGGCCUGCAAGCCUCCUUGCAAGACGAGCGAUAUGAAGCCGAUGGUGAAAGGUAUGCAAGAAACCGUCAAGCGGAUCAGCGGAUUUGUCGACACCAUUCCACCCACAUCUGGAAGGACCUACUUGGAGCACAUUCAGAAACUUGCUCGUUCAGCAUUCACAGCCUCCAUCAGUUUAUGUAAAAGUUUAGCCGAAGCCGAAGAUGCCAGCAAGAUUGAUCAAAUAUUGAAGACUACUGGAUCGGUCUGGGAUGUUUGCAAAUCAUUCGAAUCCCAAGUUGCUAGCAACAACCGUGAGGCUGUGGAGAAGCAAUGGAAAGGCGUCUCCGAAAUGGUUGCUGAUGCACAAGAAGAACUACAAGAUUUUAUUGCCGAGCAAAAUGCAGAUGAUAAUGAAGAAGAGGAAGAAGACGAUGGAUGGGGAGAUAUCAUGGAAAAUGGUACUAAAAUGACACCGGAGCAAUUGGAAGCAUGCAAGAAGACGUUCAAUAUGAUCAAAAUGACGAGCAUGGUCUUGAAGAAAGUACAAUUGCGAUUUAUUGCUACAGCAUCCAAUGACGCUGAAACCAACAUUUGGCUGGACGAUUUGUCCCGUGCUGGGUCUACUGUCAGCGAUCAAAUUGACAUCGUUGCGUCAUCGUUCUAUGAAGAAGACGCCAAUCUCAAGGAUUAUAUAGCUUCUUUUGUUGCGUCCGCACUCUCUUUGAUCACCAUUGUGGAAACCCGAGUAAAGGAGGACGAACACGUCAGGUGGUUUCAGGUGAGCAAGGCACAGGCUAUUGGGACAGGGGGGGGGGGAUGAUAGAUCAUACUAAUCGAUUAUUUUUUUCUUCUAAUCCUUCGAAUCAGAUGUGCCGAAAACAAUACCAAUCGCUUGAAAGUAGCAUAAAUUUAGAAUAAAGAUCUUGUACAUUUUAAUCACUGGUAGGCAUGGCUGGACUGUGUGGGUGCGGACAAGGUG